CAUCAUUUUGAGACGAGUGGUUUAAUUAUUUGCUUACACUAAAUCACAUCGACCAAUGGCAUUUCGCACGACGACGAGCCGUCUUUUGAACAUGCGCCUCGUGGCGGCCCAGCAACCCAUGUUAAUGACCCGUGCGCAAUCGACUUUGCACACCGGUGAAGUUGUCGAGGAUCCCCAGAUUGGCGAUUACCCCAAUCUUCCACGCAACAGCAACCAAGUCCGUGGUCCUUACGGCUGGUGGGAUCCCCAAGACAGACGCAACUUUGGCGAACCGCUUCAUGAAGAAGACGAAAUUUUCAGUGUUUGGGGUCCUGAUCUUCACACCUACAGCCCUUACAAAGCAUUGGCCCAGUUGGGCUUAGCGGCUCUCAUUACCGCCGGCUUUGCUGGCAUUGUCUACAAAACAUAUCCCGACCGCCCUGCUGUUCAACGUACAUAUCCCUACGAUGGCUUGAAGGCCGAAUUAGGUGCUCGUGAUAACGAUAUCAUUACGCGUGGUGCCCGUGUUGAACCCGCAGACGAAGAAUAGAUUAUGCAACCCAUACAAUAAAAAAGAAACAAAACGGACCAUGAGAUUAUUUAUUUUCUGUUUUUUUUUUUGGUUUUUUUUCCUGUGCUCGGCAUGAUAUGAUCUAUGAAUAUACAGUGAUUGCCGUGUCAUUUGCG